AUGGCUGCGGGCUCCCUGUGGGCGGUCCAGCGGUGGGUGCAGCGCCUUCGGUCCUCCGGCGCCGCGACCUACCGCAGGGGAUGGCUGCAUCCUUUCACCACUGCCACCCAAAGGACCACCGGUGAGGACUGCAGCUCUGAGGACCCUCCCGAUGAGCUGGGGCCUUCUCUGGCUGAACGAACCUUAAAGCUAAAAGCUGUUAAACUGGAGAAGGAAGUUCAGGACUUAACAGUGAGAUACCAGAGGGCCGUGGCCGACUCAGAAAACAUACGGAGGCAAACCCAGAGAUGUGUAGAAGACGCCAAGAUGUUCGGCAUCCAGAGUUUCUGUAAGGACUUGGUGGAGGUAGCUGACAUUUUAGAGAAGACGACAGAAUGCAUGUCUGGAGACACAGAGCCUGGGGACCAGAAGCUCACUCUAGAGAAGGUCUUCAGAGGGUUGUCACUUCUAGAAGCAAAACUGAAAACUGUGUUUGCCAAGCAUGGCCUGCAGAAGAUGACACCCAUUGGGGACAGUUAUGACCCUCAUGAGCAUCAACUCAUCUGCCACGUGCCCGCUGGUGUUGGGGUACAGCCUGGCACUGUGGCACUGGUAAGGCAAGAUGGCUACAAACUGCAGGGCCGCAUCAUUAGACUCGCCCAAGUGGAAGUGGCAGUCGAGUCCCGCAGAAGACUCUGAGUGGGCCAUCAGGAACUGAAACGUCUCCAGAGUACAGCCACCUGUGUUUCCGUUAUUUAUUGAACGAGGUUUGUAUUGUACAUGAGGUACUUCAGGUGCUGUGCUUUGGAUUUAGUCACAUUGGCUUUAUUUCUAAGCUGUUCUGUUGAUGUACUGUGACCUGUCUGGUCUCGUCAGAACCCUCGCCAGAACCCUCGCCGCUGGGCACUUGAGUAGUGUGACAAGGGUUCCUAUGGCCUUUUCUAAAUAUGUGUAAGGAACUUGUUUUUAACGUGGUACUCACAUGACUUUGAAUCAAAAUCGUUUUAAAAGGUGGAGAUAAGUAUGUGUUUCUGUAUUCUCAACUCAAUAUUCCUUUCUAGUGGCCCCUAAGAUAAGAAUUAGUUAUGCUCUUGUAAAGAAAGGAGAUAGGGUUUAACAUUGGUUCAACAUUUGGUACUUAGCUGAUACACUUUCUAGUUGUAUGAAUGUAGAUCCUCUGGGUUGGUUUGUGGUACAGACAGCAUUUUAGGACUUGCUCUUUUUAUUCCUCUUAGCCUUCUGCCCUUGUUGCCUCUUCCAGGUAGGCUUCGAAUUCCAUCCCUGCCCAUACUCACCUCUUUCCACUUGCCAUGUGCAAAGGCCGAAGGCCCAGGCAAGAUCUGAAGAGAGGAGAAGCUUGAGGAAGCCAAGCGACUCCGAUACCUUUCAGGCAAGGGUGGCCAAGAGUCGGGUGCUUGCUUUGCUCUGAGUUCUGUAAUCACUUGAGGAGAAUCGAGACAACACUCACAGCCAAUGACAUUGUCCUUGACCCAGUUUCUCGUUCCAGCAGCCCUGACAUCUCCAACUCUUACCAGAUUUCCCCGAUGAUCCAUUACAGAGUAUGUAGGGGGUCGGUCAUCAAAACAAAAAUGGCAGAUACCUCACAUUCUCCUAAUUCCAUUUAGUUAUGUUGAGCGUUUUUUUCCUGUCCCCCUCUUGCCUUUGUAUAAACAUCUAGUUCCCCCUUUUAUGUAUUAACCAUCUAGAGUGCAGAACCAUAUGUGGUUUAUUAUUUCAGUCUUGUAGCUUGCAUUCUAUAAAAAUUCGUUCGAAAAGUGG